GGUGCACCGUCAUUCGCAUUUCUUUGUUGUUGUUGCUCAGAAAUGGCACCUCGUAAGGGCAAGGAGAAGAAGGAAGAACAGGUCAUCAGCUUGGGACCUCAGGUUGCUGAGGGAGAAAACGUGUUCGGAGUCUGCCACAUCUUUGCUUCCUUCAACGACACUUUCGUCCAUGUGACCGACCUCUCUGGCAAGGAAACCAUCUGCCGCGUGACCGGCGGCAUGAAGGUGAAGGCAGACAGAGAUGAAUCUUCUCCGUACGCAGCCAUGCUGGCGGCCCAGGACGUCGCCCAGCGCUGCAAGGAGCUGGGCAUCACCGCCCUGCACAUCAAGCUGCGCGCCACUGGUGGCAACAGGACCAAGACUCCAGGACCUGGUGCCCAGUCAGCCCUGAGAGCUCUGGCCCGAUCUGGAAUGAAGAUCGGCCGCAUCGAGGAUGUCACCCCCAUCCCCUCGGACAGCACUCGCAGGAAGGGUGGUCGCCGUGGACGUCGUCUGUGAACGAUGCUACACCUUUGGUUAUUAAAGCUCUUUUAAACCUC